CAUUUGAGGAUAAAUAUGGAUACAAAUAUGGAAAUAAGAUAUUGUCCACCAAAUGUUACAUUUAAUGAAAUUUGGAUAGAACAUGGCAUGUCUAAAUGUUUCAUGGAUACUGUCAGUACUACUGUAAUUUCCUUGUAUUUAAUUAUAUUUGGAUCUAUUCAACUUUGGAUGUAUCGCAAAUAUGGAACAGAAAUUGAUGCAAGUACAUUGCCAAAAAGCAAAUUGUACAAUUUACAAAAAUUUAUUUUGUACUUUGUCCCUUUUUUGAGUGUAUUAAGAAUAAUUUUACAAGCUACAAUCUUGAAUGAUGGAAUGGUAUAUGGUUACAUGAUAUUGACAACAACAUUGACAGUAGUGGUUUAUCCUUAUUCUGUCUAUAUCUUGAGAGUUGAAAGACAUAAGCUGUUGCCAAGUGUACCACCACAUGGUCAUGGAUUAGUACUACUAGGUUUUUGGACAUUAACAUUUGUUGCUGAAAAUCUUGUUUUUAUUAACAUCGGAAAGCUGGAAUGGUGGUUCCAUUUGAAUUCUGUUACAGAUCAGAUUGAAAUGGCUUUAUUUGUCUUGCGUUAUGUUAGUAAUCUGCUGAUUUUUGCUCUUGGUUUACGAGCUCCUGGUAUUGCUGGUAAUCAGGAUUCUGAUUACCGUAUACUUAACGAUGGUUUGACCAGGCAGUCGCAAUUUUACCAAAGAAGGCCAGAUGAUAAUUCUUCCACUUGGGCAAAUCUGUGGUACAAGAUUAAAAUCUUGGCACCAUUUCUAUGGCCAAAAUCUGAUUUUCUACUUCAAUUGAGGGUAAUAUUUUGCUUUUUGCUAUUGAUGUCUGGACGUUUGAUAAAUCUUUAUGUACCAAUUUACAAUAAAAAAAUUGUGGACAGUGUUACGAUUGUUCCUGUGAGAUUUAGAUGGGAUAUAAUACUGAUAUAUGUAGCGUUUAAAUUUUUGCAAGGUGGCGGUACCGGAGGUAUGGGUUUGUUAAAUAAUUUAAGGUCUUUUCUUUGGAUCCGUAUUCAGCAAUAUACUACACGUGAAGUAGAAGUAGAGCUAUUCAGACAUUUACACGGACUGAGCUUGCGUUGGCAUCUCGGAAGGAAGACCGGUGAAGUAUUAAGAGUCAUGGAUCGUGGCACGGACUCUAUCAAUAAUUUACUUAAUUAUAUUCUUUUCCAAAUUCUGCCGACCAUCGUCGAUAUUAUCAUAGCCAUCGUAUUUUUCGUCAGUGCAUUUAACAAAUGGUUUGGUCUUAUUGUUUUUGCAACUAUGAUUCUCUAUAUCCUUGCCACGAUCGCAGUCACUGAAUGGCGCACGAAGUUCCAAAGGCGCAUGAAUCUGGCUGACAAUGCUCAAAAAGCGCGUAGCGUUGAUAGUUUACUCAACUUCGAGACGGUCAAAUAUUAUGGUGCCGAGGCGUACGAAGUUGAAAACUAUAGAAAAGCAAUCUUAGAUUUUCAAAUACAAGAAUGGAAGUCCAUGAUCACAUUGAAUAUUUUAAACACCUUGCAAAACAUAAUUGUUUGCGGUGGCCUGUUAUCUGGAUCAUUAUUGUGUUUGCACAUGGUUGUCGCUCAUCAAGGUUUAACAAUUGGCGAUUACGUUUUGUUCUCCAGUUAUAUAAUACAACUGUAUGUGCCGUUAAACUGGUUCGGCACAUAUUACAGAGCUAUACAAAAGAAUUUCAUCGAUAUGGAAAAUAUGUUCGAGUUAUUGAGAGAAGAGCAAGAAGUGAUAGACGCACCAGGGGCCGGAUUAUUGGAUGUCAAGCGUGGACAAGUAGAAUUUUCCAACGUAUCAUUUGGUUACUCUCCUGAGAAACUUGUGCUCAAAAAUAUCAGUUUUAUCGUACCUGCGGGAAAAACUGUUGCAUUAGUUGGUCCGUCCGGUGCCGGCAAAAGUACCAUAAUGCGAUUACUGUUUCGUUUCUACGAUGUAGAACAAGGUGCGGUUAUAAUCGACGGACAAAAUGUCAAGACCGUCAAACAGGAGUCUCUCAGAAGCGCUAUAGGUGUCGUCCCACAAGAUACGGUCUUAUUUAACAAUACAAUAAUGUAUAAUAUUCAAUAUGGUCGUAUCGAUGCAUCGGAAGCAGAUAUAAUCGCUGCAGCGAAACAUGCGGAUAUCCACGAGAGAAUUCUUACAUUUCAAAAUGGCUAUGAGACACAAGUCGGCGAAAGAGGGCUUCGACUAAGCGGCGGUGAAAAGCAACGCGUUGCAAUUGCGCGUACGAUAUUAAAAGCACCGAAUAUCGUACUACUGGAUGAGGCUACGAGCGCCUUGGAUACUCAAGCGGAACGUAACAUACAAGCGGCAUUAAAUACAGUGUGUACUGGGCGAACCACUAUCGUUAUAGCGCAUAGACUAUCUACGAUCAUUCACGCAGACGAAAUCUUGGUGUUGAAAGAAGGCGAAAUUGUCGAAAGGGGCAAACACGAAGAAUUAAUUUCGCAUGGUGAUAUCUAUCAUGCCAUGUGGCAAGCGCAACUACAAAAUAAUCAGCAAAAUAACAAGGAUGAGAAUUCCUCUACGCAUGAAUGCGAUAUUGUAAUAUAAAUUAAAUUAACAAUGAAAUAAGACUUGUAGAGUUCUAUUUUUCAAAUAUACAGGGUGUUUGGUACCUCGUGUAGUCGCAUCUAAUAGAGGCAUAGAGCUGGUUGAAAUAAAGAAAAAAGUCAAAUACCGUUUUGCAAAAAUUGUAAAAAUGAUCGAGUUAUAUAUCGAGAAAAAUUGGAUGAAUUAGCAUGCACCACGGCGGUAAUGGGUGGCAUACUCGGUCGCUCGAGUUUAUAUCGCGGCCCACCUCGCUUAGCAAUAGCUACCGCUAUACUACUGAUCUUUUCUUCCCUUCGCCGCGUGCUACCAACUAUUGCUAGGCAAAAUGAGUCGCUACAAACUCGUACGAUCAGAUGUGCUAUCCAUUACCGCCAUGGCCAUAUACUAAGACUGCGUUCCGAUAUUCACUGCCAGCACUGAAAAUCUAUAUAUACGUGACA